AUGGCGGAGAACGCGAUCCCUCCAGCACGCCUCCACCCACCUCCACCAGAUGUAGCGCAGAAAGUUCCGAACAAAUUUGUGAUGAAAUAUAGGAAAGAUCUAUUAAAUUCAGUUUAUCUAAAGCUUCCGAGUGGUUCUGAAUGGGAAGUGGAACUGACAAGAUGCAAAGAUAAGAUUUGGUUUGAGAAGGGUUGGCCAGAGUUCUCUAUGUUUUGUUCACUAGACUACGGGAGUUUCCUGGUUUUUCAAUAUGAAGGGAAUUCUCAUUUCCAUGUUUGCAUAUUUGAUAUGAGUGCCACCGAGAUUGAUUAUCCUAUUACAAUGCCCAAGAUUGAAGAAGCCGUUGAAGAUGAUGAUUUAUCUAUUGAAAUCUUGGAGGAUUUUCAACCCAGCCCCAAAGCAAGAAUGCAGUCUCCAUUACCAUGUCCUCCUUACAAGAAAAUGAGAACAAGUUUAAGCAGUAAUGCAAACAUGAAUUUUGAUAGGGAGAACACUCAACCUUGUGACAUGCUUGAGAAGCCAAUCACAAAGGAGGAUUCACACUGCACUAAAUUAGAAGUGAAAAGUGUAGAUGAUUUAUCUGCAGAGAAAGAUGGCAGAGUCACUGGAGGCUCUUGUGGCACUCAAACGUUCCUUAUACCAACAUGUCACCAGGUUCUUGGCAGCGCUCUAGCUCUUCGUAGAGCUUAUGAUUUCAGAACUGAAAACCCCUCAUUCAUCGUAUCCAUGCGGCCCUCGGAUAUGCAAAGUUCUUUGGCUUUGCCAUUGAAGUUUGCCAAACGACAUCUUAUUAAGCAGCCUGAUAGUAACAUCAAUCUUCAAGUUUUGGAUGGAAGCACAUGGUCUGUUGAAUUCAAAUAUAGUGAAGAAGAAGAAGCUCGAUUCCAGCAUGGCUGGAUGACGUUUGUGAAGGACAAUAAUUUGGAACUUGGCGAUGUGUGUGUCUUUGUCUUGAUUAAGGACAUUAAACUUUUAUUAAGAGUUGUCUUUUUCCGCACUUCAGAAGCUAUAAAUUGGUUUUUGUAUGGGGGAAAUAGUUUUCCGACCAAAAGAGAUGGUGGAAGUUUUUCUAGUUCUCAAAGAUUCCUAAACCGAACACAUCAUGAGGCUCUUGGGAUGAUGAAGCAAUUGACUGCAACUGAGAAAGCUAAUGCCUUCAAGUCUGAUAAACCUUCUUUUAGGAUUGUCAUGCAGCCCUCUUCUAUCCAUUAUGAUAUGAUGUCUUUACCAAAUGAAUUUUCCAAGAGAUAUCUUAUGAAGCUGCCUGCUGGCAUUGCCAUCCUUCAAGUUUCGGAUGGAAGAACUUGGUCUGUUAAAUUCAAGUAUGAUCAUGCAAACUCAAGGGCUCGACUCCUGAAGGGUUGGUCAGCUUUUGUGAGGGACAAUAAUUUGAAAGUUGGUGAUGUGUGUGUCUUUACCCUAAUUAACUGCAUCGAACUUUUAUUUGAAGUUGCCUUUUUCCCCACAGAAAAGUCCAAAAAUUUCCCAUCGCCAACAGGUCAUGGCAGAGGAGGAAUUGUUCAAGUUGAAAAAACAAGAAGCCCUGCAGUUAAAAUUGAACCUGAAUGCAACAUGGAUUGUGAAAUUGGUCCCUCUUGCUCUCUUGAAAUUGGCAACAAAAUGUCAAAAAUUAGUGUGCAGGUUACUCAAAGGCCUUCUUCAUCUUUGAGGGCUUCAGAUGUUAAUCUUGAAGUUGCCAACAAGUUUUCCUCGAAGAAUCCCUUCUUCAAAAUCACUAUCGGGUCAGGCCAUUCUGUGCAUGUCCCAGUUAAAUUUUCUAGCAGUUUCAUCAAACAGAAGAAGCAAACAGUGAUGCUUCAGGUCAAAGAUACAUUCUGGCCUGUGAAUUUAAUUUCUAGUAAGCCGUGUUCAACUUCAAUUUGUGGUGGUUGGGCUGCAUUUGCGAAGGAAAAUUGUUUAAGAGAAGGAGAUGUUUGCAUAUUUGAGCUCAUAGAGAUGAAUGACAUUGUACUGAAAGUUCACAUAUUUAGAUAUUGCUUAGAAGGGGAAAGUAAUGUCCUGUAA